GUUAUCGAACUUUAACUUCAGUUUAUAAUAACCAUAUCAGUAUCAAGUCAAUGUAUAUAGGACUGCUAGUAAAGUUGUUGUUGUUGAUAUUGUUCUCGUGACGAGCCCUCAUCGUUAAAAUAAUUAGUACAAGUUCCCCUAGCACUGUCCAUGUUUGUGAUUACAAUUAAAUUCCGAGUACUUUGAAAAUCUGCCAUUAAUUUUGUUUUCCCAGUUUUCUUGGAAGGGGUUUUAGUGAUUUCAGACAUUCUCUUACCAAUAGCGCUUUCUGGCUGUCUCAUAAGGUUUGGUCUUCGGUGUGACAGUUCUCUGUAAAAGGAUUCGUUCUGUUACCACCUACUAAUUCUUGGUAUUUAUUUAUGGUGGCUAUUGAAUAACUAUUGUACAGCUUUUAAUACAAUUUUUUCAUAACUUUUACACAAUCUGUUUAAAGAUGGUCAUCGCUGGCUCAUGGAUCCUGGCAUUGAUUCUUCAACUUCGGGAGUAUGGGAAAAAAGUGGUUGACAACUCGUGCGUUUAUGUGUGGUCUGGAGAGUUUGUGAACUCCUUUAGUUUGAUGUGGCAUAGCUUUGUGUUUGUUUCAUGCAUCAUUCUGGCUGGCUUGUACUCGAGAGUCGUCCAUACGUUGUGGUUUAGACAAGAUUAUCAUAAUGACAUACCACAUAAUCAACAGGUAUGGAUAAAAAGGGAUGAUUGAAAAUUUAGUUUCGUGCCAGCGCAACAUGAUAAAUUAGAUACAUGAUAUAGUGUUUAAUAUUAGGGUUCAGUUUAUUUUAAGUAUAUAUCCGUAUUGACCCUCAGCUUCUAAUAACCCACUCCACCCCCAUUUGAAUAAGCCGUAGGUUAAUGGCGCCAAAAAUUAAAUAAGUUCUUAGCUUUUGUGAAGCCUCAACAAUAGUGACAAAGAAGACGAGAAAUUUCAAUUUUAAUUUGAGUUGAAAUUUGGCGACAAUUCCCAAUCAUUAUUAGUAGGCCCCUGGUUGGGCUCUAAAUAACUAUAUCUCAAAAAAGAACGAUUUUCCAAUCUAAUUUUCCUUUAAACUUAACGUUGUUGUUGUCUCUCGAGUACAGGGUGUGUUGAAGCUACGGAAGCGAGUCACCUUGACAGUUGUCAUCAUAAGUGCUAUCUUUGGUGUUUCCUGGGGCACACAUUCCAUACUUCAUGUUUUGAAUGAUAUUGGCUCCUACAAGCUCAGCCCAGCUGCAAUUCCCAUUUCUCACGUAAUGAUUAUGUUCAAUUCCGCCGUCAAUCCUUUUGCUUACGCUCUGAUAAACCAGCGUUUCAGGAAUAAGAUGAAAGAAAUGUUCUGCUGCAGUUCAGUGAGGGUUCUUCCUCACAGCGAACUAAAGGAUAAAGAUCUGGCUAAUGGUAUGUCACUUAAACCGAAAAACACAGCACACUCGAGCCUUCCGAAAUCAUGAGCUGCAGCGCAAAUUCGCACACAUUAUGCGUGUGAACGACCUAUUCGCAUAACUACAAGCCGUGACAAGCAGUUUUGCCUGGAAUUUCCCUCUCGGAAUGCUGUGAUGGGUUCUAACUUUGCUUCUCGACGUAACGAUAUUUUAACGUCUUCACGGACAAUUCAGUCUGUCACUGUUUCUUGUUAUUAUUAAUCUUGAAACGAAAAUCACGUUAACAAGUAAUUGUGAAUAAAGUCAGGAGCAAGGAUAAGCACGAUUAAGGUGGCUGAACACAGUUUUGCAGGCGGUCAGUGGUAGCGGGUGUUUUAAGUUAGACAUACAAACAUAGCGGCGAAAAAAACAAUGGUACACAGAAGACGAUUUCUCAAAAUCUGCUCUAUAAAAUUUUGUGAUAUUUGGCAAAAGUUUUACUUUUAUCGUAUUUUAAAUGAUGCGAACUUUAAAAUGGAAGUUGAACAGACGAACUUUGUGACACAUUUAAUAAUUACAGUACAAUUAUAUUAUUGAUUAUCUAAAAACCCUCUGUUAAAACUUGGUCAAAUAAGUUUCAAAUGGUAAUGAUUAAUUAUAGUAGGCUGUGUACGAGUUUAAAGGAAAAUCUAAAUCUUAUGUAAACUGAGCAAAAAUGAAAUUUUAAUGUUGUAUGCAAUCGUUCAUGCUGCCAUGGAAACUACGAAAACGUCAAAUUUUAUCUGUCAGUCAAAAUCUUUCAUCAGUAUAUUUUUCACUUUGAGCUGCAACCUUUCUCUUGCCAUAAUUUGGCAAAUGACCUAUACUCAGAAACUGCCAAAACUGUGUUCAGCCACCUUAAUCGCCCAAGUUCGAUACAUUAAGGUUCUAACAUGAUUCCGAGGCUAUCUGUUCAUUUUUCUAUAUUUGGUUUGGUUUUCUUUGUGUCCAAGUCUCUGCUGGGAAUUUCGAGACAAUGCGGUUGUGUAAAAUUUGCAAUUUUGAUCCUAAAUCUUCGAUGUUUACUACUCAAUGCUAGAAGUUUAAGAAAUAAGUUUCUUGAAUUGCAAGCCCUGCUGCUUGAAGAUUACUUUCCGGUGAUUGCUAUCACGGAAACAUGGCUUGACUCUAGCUUCAUGGAUUUCGAUUGAGUCUGAAUGACUACUGUGUUCAUCGCAAAGACAGACAAGAUCGUAGAGGUGGAAGUGUCUUAUUGGCAGUACAUACGGAUUUAAUCUCCAUAAGAAGAAGGGAUCUGGAGUAUAAUGAUAAUAUCGAAACCGUCAUGGUGGAAAUUUGUCAGAAAUCAAAGGACAAUGUUCUAUUUGGAGUGUGCUACAGACCACCCAGUGCUGAUGUGGAGUAUUCCUUCAAAUUACGUCAAUGUCUGGAGAGAAUUUAGAAGACCAAAUUUGCUACCUGUUAUCUUGUAGGCGACUUUAAUUUUCCAAGCAUAGACUGGUAUAGUUUAACUGCUACUUCAAGUGAUUUAUGUACUGUUGAUUUUUGUGACAUGCUCAAUGACCAUUUUCUGGUUCAAUGUAAUUUCAAUCCAACAAGAAUGCUUAAUGAAACUGAUGGCAAUAUACUUGAUUUAAUCCUGACCAAAACUCCUGACCUGGGUAGCGAUGUUGAGGUACUGACUGAUCAUUUUAAUUCUGAUCAUUUUCCGGUUAGUUUCAAUAUUAAGCUUUUAUCUGGUCGCCCUCGUAAGUCUGUCUCAAGGAAAAAUGACAACUUUAAAAAGGCAGACUUCACUGCACUGAAUGAAUUAUUGAAGUAUAUUCCAUGGAACUGUGCUUUCUUGGAAGAGGAAGUGGACACCUGUACUGAAAGAGUCAAUGACCUAUUACUAGCUGCUGCUGAUAUGUGCAUUCCAACCUUUACUGUGAAAAACGAAAACUAAUCCUCCAUAGAUUACCAAGGAAAUUCUCAAUAAGAUCAAAAAGAAAAAAGGUUAUAGAGAAAACUAAAGGCUCAUCCAUCAGAAAUCCUUAGCCUAAAGUUUAAAGAGUUACGAAGAUCCGUCAAGCAGUUAAUAAGAUCUGAGUAUAAAAGAUAUCUAGAGCAUCUGUCGAGUCAACUGAAGGUAAACCCAAAGCGAUUUUGGAGCUACCACUCAAUUAAGUCGAAAUCAGAACGGCUUCCUGAUGUAAACACCCACAACAGAAGAUCUGCGAUAAAACCUCAUGAGCAAGCUACCAUAUUUAAUAUUCACUUUCAUUCAGUUCUUUGUAAACAGAGUACUGCUGUACCGGCUACAAACUGACUUACAAGAUCCAAGUUUUGAGGUCGUUACCAACCAUGUAACAUGUGACACUAAGGAAGUUCAAAAGCUACUUAGCUGUCUUAAUGCUAAUAAGUCUUGUGGAGUUGAUAAAAUACCUGCUCGUUUACUUAAAGAGACUGCUGACCCUUCUGCAGUUCCUCUGAGUAUGCUCUUCAAUUUAUCGUUCAAACAGAGACGCUACCUAAAUUGUGGAAAUCAGCUAAUAUUACACCCAUUCAUAGGAUGGUGAUCGAGUGCCAGUAGAAAAUUAUAGAGGCAUUUCACUCUUAACUAUCUCUGGGAAAUGCCAGGAGAGAAUUGAGUACAAUGUUAUUUAUGAUCAGGUUAUUAGAUUCAUACAUUACUCUCUUCAUGGGUUCCUCACUGGUCGUUCCUGCACUACUCAACUACUCUUAGUACAUCACGAUUGGUUCAAAGUGUUGGACAGGAGAGGUCAAGUUGAUGUAGUAUUUAUAGACUUUUCAAAGGCUUUUGACCUUGUCUGUCAUAAUACUCUAUUAACCAAACUUUACAAAUAUGGUGUCCAUGGAGACUUGCUAAAUUGGUGUAGAGAUUAUUUAACAGAACGUCAACAGCGUGCUGUAGUCAAAGGAGAGGCUUCCGACUGGUUUAACCGUAACCUCUGGUGUCCCACAAGGUUCUUUGUUGGGACCAUUAUUCUUCAUAGUCUACAUUAACGAUUUAAGGGGGUAAUUAGUAAGGACAGUUCAAUUGCUUUGUAUGCUGAUGACAGUAAAAUGUACAGGGUUAUUAAGACUCAAGAAGAUCUGUCUACUUUUCAAAGUGACAUAGAUAAAAUUUCAGACCAAGAAAUGUAAGAUAAUGAGAAUAACCAGGAAAAAGUCACCCUUAGUAUAAUAUUGAAGAUCAACCUGUGGAAAGUGUUAAUGUGUAUAAAGAUUUAGGAUUAUUUACUGCUAGUAAUCUUUGAAGGAACCAACACGUAGAUUAAAUAACUGCUAAGGCUAAUAGGGUUUUAGGGUUGGUUAAGAGGACUUGUAGGGAAUAAAGGAUAUUGAUACCAUGAACACACUUUAUUGUAGUCUUGUGAGACCUUUAUUAGAAUAUUCAUGCGAAACUUGGAACCCUCAUACUAAACGUAACAUUGAUAAAUUGGAGGCUGUUCAGCGAAGGGCUAGCAGAUGGAUCACUAGGUCUGAUGAUGAUUAUGAUACUAGACUAUCUAAUUGUCUAGACUAUCUGUUGUCAUUAUCUAGUAGGAGGUUCACUAGCGAUGUUACAUUCUUUUUUAAUGUAAUUAAUGGACACUAUGAUAUUGACAUUCAUUUCAGCUCAUUUAACGUCUAUUUUUCACAAGAAAAGGGUUUCAUGAACUCAAGAAUCUUUGCCUCAAAUGGUCCAGUUGACAACUGCUUUAAGAUAAUUGAAAGGAAACCCAAGCCUUGCUUACGCACUGCUCACAAAAAAACAACUCAUAGGACUAGACAUUCAACAUUCAACACAUUCAACUUUUGAAAUAACUGGUUAACCAGUUGAACCAGUAAAGAUGCCCGUAAAAAAUGCGUAAAGAGAGCACUUUACGACCCGCAAGAAAAGUAGCGUAAAGCUGCGUUAAGACGAUCUUAACUUUUACUUGUUGCAUGCGGGUUCGUAAAGAUCCGUUAAUAACGUUAGCCUCGUUAUUACGACCAGGGUUUUAUGGCCCAACGGUGGUCGUAUUGUUGGGGUUCCAUUGUUUUUUCUUACAAAUUUGUUCACUUGAACAAUAUCUUGGUUCUGUUUUUAGUCAAGUCAAAAAAACCGGACGACGGCGAUACAAAGUAUGAAUUAUGCAACAAGAAGUAUUGAAUUGAAGAUGUACCUUAUUUGAAUGUUAACACCGCAAGAUUUUGUCCACCUAGGUUUUAAAGGUAGAUAGUCAAAUAAUCUUACCAUAAUAUGGCCUAAGAGAGAAAGGGUUUGAAAAAGCCGAACGUAGCAGAGUAUUAAAAAUACCUAAAUUGAAACUGCGUGCCCACUCUCCUACCUAACCGCCACCCCACCCCCUCUCCCGUCAAUAAAUAGACAUUCUUUCUUGGGCGUAGCGUACAUAAAGAUGAUAAUUUAGACAGAUAAUUAUGGUUAUCAUAAAGUUGAACGUUGUCUCAAUACUCUCUUUGACAUGAAAUAACAAAACAGUUAAUUUGCUGAUGAUCUAGUUCGAGAUAUUAAACGAAAAGAGUCAUUUGUCUUAAUUGCCGAGGAUGGAGAAUAAGCCCUGCAUCACGAUACCAUUUGCUAUCAUUUUAUUUCUCCAGACUUAAAAAUUAUACUCCUAACCUUUCAAGAAAUGUUAUGAGUUGUGGGGAGUUUGAAGAUCACAAUGGCUAAAUGAAUGCGAUUUGCGUGCGGACGUCAUAGUCCUAUGACCGACCCCUAAAGCGAAUCAGACCAAAAACAGUUAAUUUUUUUUUGCUGAUAACCUAGUGUAAGAAAUUAAUCGAAAAGUGUCAUUCGCCUUGAUUGCUUAGGAAGGAAAGCAGAGUAACACGAUCAUCAUUAAUCUCUCGAAAAGUUAAAACUUCCGAGCACUCGCCGUUUAAAAAUAUUAGAGUUACAUAAGGGAUCGCCAUUUAUGAGCUCAAACUGUCCUGUUUGCGUGGAAGUAAUAACUACACCUUCCUCUUUUCUGUUUCGUCUUAAUUAAAUACAGUGACGUCAUUUACCAUAUAAGGAAGUUUUAGUUUGUGUCCGGUUUCAAACUUUGAUGAAAAGAGUCACACUCCAACAUUAUUACUAUUUGUGUUGAUGUACUGUCUACAAAGCCUUCACCAUGUUAAUUAACUGUUAAACCGUACGUGAAAUAAGGCGAGAAAAGGACUAUAUUCUAAACUCAGGUAUCUAUAUUUCUUUUUCUCCUUAAAUAUCUUUACGUCUACUUUUUACACAUUUUCCGAUAAGAGCGAUGGUUGAAUAUAAUUUUUAACUCAAGCGUUUAAGAAAUUCUAUGUAAGAUGAUAGUUCAAAGUUUUUAUAAACGGCGACAUUUAAUAAAAGUUUUCUGUAUGGCUGCAGCUGCACUUCUCAAGUUAACCGGGUUAGUUUUUGAAAAACCCCGGUAAAAAAUUCUUCACAAGCUAACCUGCUUAAAAGAGUUCAACCAGGUUAAUUUUUAUCAGCGGCCAGACGCAAUUUAGACCUUCCCAAAGUCACUUCAACGUCGCGCGGUCUUUUGUUUUUUUUUGUCGUUCGCUUGGGUCGCUCAUAGGUCCUCAUAACGCUCGCCUAUAAAAAGUGAGUGACAAAAUUUGACCCCCUAUUACUGAUUACGAGAGGUCGACUUCUUUUAAGUCUUAAUUCAGUUGUGUUAAGAAAGAAAAGCUGAACUUAGAGGGGAGUAAUUUCGAAACUGUUGUUCUUGCGUGCAUCGAAAGCCAAAAUUUGGAACAUUCUCACGACCUUUUAGGCGGAGAUGAUCGACUGAUUGAUAAGGUUAACCCGCGUUAAACUACCUCGCGAGGUGGUUUGAAAAAAUCUAACCGAGUUAAGAAAAUCGAUUGUUCUUGCUUGAUUUGCAUAACCCGGUUAGAACUCGGUUAAGACUCUAGAAAACCCGGCCACACUCGCAGUUUUUUUAAACGAGUUAACUUUAAUUAGCUAAUGGGAAAUAACUCGGUCCCCAAGUGCAGCCGCAGCCAUGCUGUUUGGCAGAUCGAAAAACUGUUAUUGGUAAGUUCAGACAAAAAGUUUUGCGAGUAUGUGUCGAUCAGUGACUGAAGAAUUUCCUCAGUUAUUGAAGAAAGAUAAAGCUGUCUACUGACUAUUGCUUUUGUUGACAGUGCUAAGAGCGGUAUCCAGUCGACGUGAUAUACAGGUCUAGACGAAGGAAACAGAAAUUUGCAUUAUUAAAGAAUCUCAAAAGAACCUAAAGGCUGGAUGUUACAAGCAAACAGUCUAUGUAUGCAAAGCGUAAUAUGCUCAUUUAGACUGGAUUCGUUAGCCUGUUUCACUGGUUCAGAUAGUAGAGCGCGCAGCGGUCAGUGGGGAGCGAGUUAAAUUGUACACCGGGAAAACGGGGGGUGGAGCAGCGAGGGGGGGGGGGGCGAGUGCGAGAGUCCCUGUGAGAUUGUUUGGGUGGAGUGGGAAAGUGGUAUUGAUGGGGAUAUGGGAUGUUGCUGUGUGAGGGUGGUGUGUGUCGUUGUGUGGUGGGGGUUGGGGGGGAGGGGGGGGUGGGUUGGGGGGGGGGGGAGUCGAUUGGCGCCGGGGGAACGGGGGGGGGGGGGGGGGGGUGGGGGGGGGGCGAGUGCGAGAGUCCCUCCCCCUACCCCCCUCUAGUCUCCCCUCGUUUUUUUUUUCUUCGUGAAUUUUUCUCCCGCGCUCUACUAUCUCAACGCCUGGAACACGCUAUGUAUUCGUUCACUCGAACUGGAAUCGAGAGUUAAGCGACAGUUGAGUGUUUCCUACCACUCGUGAAAAGAAUAAUUUACCUGCAUACUCUUACAGGUAAAAUUUCUGAUUAGCUACAAUGGGUGUAAAGUUUUUGAUAUUAUAAGAUAAGAAAAACCCAUAUGCAGCAAACUAUAUUCAUACAUAAAAACAUGAUAUAUGAUGUACCAUGAGACAUAUGACUUGCUUCAAUUAAUCGCUCGCGAUGCUUAUUACUCACGCUUCUGUUUUUGAUCGCGCUGGUUUUUCUGUCUUCCAUUGAGCAGAAAUAUACCAAUCGAAAAGUCUCCCUUUUAUUGUAAAAGGAAAGGUUUGACUUGAACACUUACGACAAGUCUUUUGAUAAUGUUUAGAUUUUUUUUGCCCUACUCGUUAGAAGGUGUCAAAUGAGACAUUAAAGAAUUGGCGAUCGUACGUUUUCAUUUUGUUCUGGCCAUUGGUUAUUAUUCAUUCAAAGUAUUUCUCCGUUUUGGGAUAAGCGAAACCCCGGUUAAUUCUUCAUAAACAGCUAGGGAUAAAAAAUUUUGAAGGCAGUUUGUUGUAUUGGUACCAAUGACAUUAAUUGUACUACUGCCUAAAAGCAUAGCAAGAGCAGCAAGAAUACAAAUCGAUAGAAGACAACUGCUAUCGACCACUCAAGAAAAUACCAUAACAUACCAUAAUGCUCUUUGUUUAACACCCCAAAAUUUUGCAUAAACAUUGUUUUCAGUUUCUCUUAGGGCCAUUUCAAGACACAAGAGAAACUGAAGACAAUGCUUAUGCAAAAUUUUGGGGUGACCAACAAAGAGCAUUGUGGUAUGUUAUGGUAUUUUCUGGAGUGAUCAAUUUGAAGAAUCUCUGCUAGAUUAAACAUACCUUUAUAAUUUACCUCGGGACAGGCAAAAUCGGGCACGUUACACCGAUCGAGGUAAGUACGUUUCUAAAGAACAAAAUAUUUUGAAUUGCAAAGAGUAUUAGGAGAACUAACAGUUAUUGAGGUCGGCUUUCGCAUGAUCUGAGGAAUUGAGGAGCGAAAAAUUGAAUAGCAUUAUCUGAAAAAUUAUGCAGAUUAAGGAGGGUAGUGUUUCAAAGAAUUCUAUUUAAAAACACAACAAUAAAUGCUAAAUUAUUUGAUCUCAAUUAGGAUUAUUACUGCCAUCUCUGCAGAACUAACCAAGCCUAAAAGCGCAUCUCCCGCAUAAGACUGGCCGUGUGCUAGGAAAAAAUUUAAGGUUCUGCAAGAAAAUUCACUAAACCACUUAACCUAACUGCACUACUCGUAGUCUAAAUAAUUCUCCGUUUCUGGAUGGUUCAAAUCACGCGACUAAUUCUUCAUAACCACCUACUUUCGUUGAGUAAAAUAAGAAGACGUUUGUGAUAUCAAUACCAAUAGCGUCAAUUGCAAGGAAUAUUGACAGGAAAAAAAGACGUCAACCAGUGAGAAGCCCUGAGGAAGUUGCAUCAGCUCAGCCGUUUUCUUAGAACUAGAGAAAAUGGCAGAAACCAACCACUAAACAGAUAAUAGAUAGAUUUAAUUCCCUUUUAGAUUUCCUUUUUGGGCUUGUUCUCUUUGUCAUAUAUUUACGACAUUGUUGGACUGUCUGAUAAUUACAUCAAUAUUUACGCUAAUUAUCUUGCGAAUCAUCGUCCUCCAAUGACGUGCAAUAAGAAAAUGCAAUAUUUACUUAGACGUGCCCAGCCCGCGAAGGAUGGUGGAAUGGUCGAAUCUUCGCCUCAUGCAGAUCAUGUUAUUUCCGUGAUGCCUUGUUCACCUUUCAUUUCAAGUGCUUCGUCUAGAUUUAAAAUCACUCGAACAUGCAGUGGAGUAGGGUUUCGCUUUAUUUUGAGCGGCAAAAUAAAAUUAUUAUGUUCACUAUGGAGUUUAAAAAAGUUACCAUGCAGUUGUAAAUAUGAUCCUAUGUAAUAUUAACUAACUUCAAAAGUAAACGAGAAUAAUUAUUGAUUACAUUUCCCCACGCGGAACCCGGCCAUUGGUAGCUGGUAACUAUACACUACGCUCCUGCUGUCAGGAGUACUGGUGGUACACUGUAUGUUUCUAUGUCUGUCUCUCAUUUCCAUCACAGUCAUCACAUAAAGCAGCUGUCUGGGGCAAGUCUGUCUCUCGGUAAUACUUUGCUUUUGGUUCGGGAACUGCUUGGAAUGUGUCUUCAAAAUAACCUAAAAAUUCAGCUUAUCAACAGGUUUUUUCGGGUAGUCUUUUAUAGGUUAAAUAUCAAUCGGUGAAUUUUUCUUAGUAGUUUCUAAUCUCGGCUGUUCUGUUUCUGUAAUAGUUGAAGUAGUUUUUAUAAGCGUUUCGUGUUUUAUCAUGUCAUUUGUUUCACAUUGCAAAAGCGCAUGGAACACAGGGAAACUAAUAAUUUAUUUUAAUAAUUUAUCUUCUUUACUACUUGCAUGCUUUUUAAACUUUUUAAUAUCAAUGCUUCUAGGGGUACCUACAAUUACACGUAAUUACGACUUUUAAGAUCUCCUAAGUUCGCCAAUUUUCAAAGCCCCAAAGCAGGAUUAGCAGACCACUUAAACCCACAGCUAACCCACUGUCAAACAUAAUCCUAGAGGUCCUGCAAAACAGAUUACUAUUUUGCCUGAUUUGUUGUUCGGGUUUUUGUUUGCGACCGCGAUUUAAAAAAGACAGUGAAAAGCCAUUUAAGAUUAUUUUAAUCAAGUACGAUCGACUUUUCUCGAAAGCUUAUUGUCAGCUUUGAAGAUACUAUUCAUUGUUUAUUUAUUAUGACUAUCAUUUAUUCAUUUUCUACGUUUUCAUUGCUCUAAUUUUGUUAAGGCCCUGACAAUGGUGCCAGCGUGUUUUUUAAACGUGAUGAUAUUAAUCUAUCCCUCAGCUUUAAAGAUUUCUUUGCAUCUAAAGGAAGACGAAGAUAAUCUUUUACCGAAGAAAGUGCAGCAUAUAUAUUUAGCUGUUUGCAAGAAGCAGACUGUAAGCUCUUCAUUUGCUUCGGAAGGUUCUAAAUCGUAAGUCAUCAGCGGUUAUGACAGAAAAGUAAGCUGGAAAUCAAUUCUAAUGAAUGAUUUUCCAGUAAUCGGAUACCCAUGUUUUGCGCACAGGAUUCUGGGAUCGCCAGGGGGCAAACAUUGCGAGUCGCUACAAAGAAAUGUAUGGCGUGGAGCUGUUUCUCUGGUAAAAGCAGUGUCUUUGGACAGAGAAUGCAACAUUUUGCCGUAAUUUUAUGAGCAGCGGAGGUGACUAAUGUUGGUGCGAAGAAAUUGUAAGUUUUUGUGGGAUCAAUGCGAUGAAAUCUAUCGAUAAACACUGAUUCUUGCGAAAGGUCGACUGUGAAUUUACUGAUGGUCUCGAAAUAUAUAGUACUAACUUAGAUAUAAAUGGGCGGGGAAUGCGGACUCAUUUAAGCUUUUCCAGUUGUACUUACAUGUGCUCAUAUUUACAACGAGUGUAAUUACGCUCCGCUCGGCGGUGAUCACAAUGCUGUGCCGGUUUGUGACAACGAUCGAAGGUAAGCUUAUGUACUGUCGAAUUUGAUAUGCAUUAAAUUUAAAAACAAAAACAUCUUCCGCACAUUAGUAUAUUGAUUUCUUCUCGUCAUGUUUUGUCAUGAUCCUGAGAACCGAUGAAUUCUAAUGCCUUUUCCAAUCAUUUUGAGGGAAGAUAUAGGAUCUCUGAAUUACGCAUAUCAACUUGGUAUUUAUUUUCACACUCACCGCUUUUGUAUCGGAAAUCUCAGUACUCGUUUGUACGAUUUCUGCCUGAUCUACUAAUGGUUAAAUACCAUGUAUUUUCCAUGAAAUAUUUUGUAGAUGUCACUUUGUUUACCAAAGUAAAGGAGGAUUUUUUAUUUUUAUGGCCGCGUACAUACCCACGAUCGUUGUUUUGUAAUAACCCGCAAAGAGCCGCACAGCGCUGAUCGCGGCCGAGGGUAGUUACACUCGUCGUAAAUACCACCACACGUAAUUAUAACUUAAACGCUUAAAUGAGCCAAUCCCCCUAAAUGUAUACCUAAAUUUGCACUAUAUAUUUCGAGACCUUUUCUUCGAAUUCUUCAUGUCUGUGUAAAUUCAGUGAACAUAAAUUUCACACUCAACCUCACGCAGGGAGUGUUUAUCGAUAGAAUUUAUCGCAUUAAUCACACAGAAACUUGAAAUUUCAGCGCACCAACAUUAGUCACCUCCGUUUCUCAUAAAAUCACGGCAAAAUGCGGCAUUCUAUGUCCACAGACACUGCUUUUAACGCAGAAACAACUCCACGCCAUACAUUUCUUUGUAGCGACUCGCAAUGUUUGCCCCUGGCGAUCCCAGAAUCCUGUGCGCAAAACAUGGGUAUCCGAUUACUGGAAAAUCAUUCAUUGUUGUCAGGGUCCUAGAAAUUCACCUAUCCAAGAAAUUAAGUUUUAAAAAACCUCUCUUGCUGAUAAAAUAAAUCAUUUUGGUUGGACCUCUAACACUAAUCACCUUGCUUCUGGAAGCGAGGUUGCUAACCAGAUGGUUAAAUUUCAUUCAUUGUUAUUGAGGAAAUUGCAGUUAAAGAAAAGCUCACCCCCCGAAACAGUUAGUGAUUAUAAAAUAAUUCUGUCCAGGGGGGUUUCUUGGCCAUUUAUUCUUGAACAAAAGACUAUGAGAGGCCAUUUGCAACCUGCCUCGUCCAUGAUCCAUGACCUUGAGAGAAAAAUAGCAUUUUAAAAGGAACAAGCUAAUUGAUCCUUUGUCCCACUGGUUUUGCCUACUCUCAAGCAAAGAAUCAUUAAAUAACGUGGGUCAUGGCUAAUUCACGCUGUCGUUUACAUCUCUGUAUUCUUUGUAAUAUUAUGCACAGGCCCUUGUUAGUUAUUACCGUGCAAACGUUUCAGCGGUACUUCGGCCCGGUUUUAGCACAAAAUAAGCUCUGGAAGCUUUUUCACUACGCUUUUGGCACCUGUUUUUCUGGUAGGUCUGCCUGGAACGUUUGUUGUAACUUUACAUCCACUAAUUCAUCGGUUCUUUGUCGUGUUUUGACCACUCGGACGUUAAGGGAAGUAUGUCAGGAUUUUUGGGUAUUACAUAAAAACCUCAAAAACACAUUGGAAUCCCAGAAAAUCCUGAAAAAGUGGUACAGUUUUAUAUACAACUACUCAACUGUGGGCCUCUUCAGCUUUCGAUGGACAUGAUAGACCGAAAUGGAAAGCAACUUGAAAAAAAUUCAACGAAUUAUUCCAUGUUAUAAAAUAACUGAGAUAGUACGCGAUAGUACGCGUGAUCUGAUUGGUCAAAAACCUAUGGUUUAUUAUACCGGUAAACCCAUAGAAAAAGGCAUCCGGACUACGAGCCAUAAACAAAACCGGCUAUUGAUCUGCAAAUAACGAUUUUAGAAAGGCUAAAAAACAGAACAAGCUACUUACCCAGCCCUUCUUAAUAUCAAAAGCGUUGGUUUCCACAUUUUAUUACUGCCAUAGCUUUAGAAGUAAUAAAGCACAAAGCUGGAAAACAGUUUACAUUUCACGACGAUGCCAAAUCUCAGAGAAAGACAACAACUGUGUGAAUUUCUGGUGUAGAAAGUCUCCAGGAAAACUUAACCAUUUGCCAACCAGCAACAAAAAGGAUAGUUUUAGCAUUCUUAAUUUAUUUUAUGUCAAAAUCAAAUUCCUUAAUGAAAGAAAUUGUUCCAAAAAGAGAUCUCUGAUCAAGAUAUGGUACAAAAUCGGCCCCUGUAGGUUGUAAACAAGCUGCCAACGAUGAUGAAAGAUGUCAGACUUUCGGGCUUGUUUUUUCCAACAUUAGAACAAAUCAUUCGGUGAUAUCGAUGCCAUAACCUACCUCAAACCACCUGACUUUACAAAUCGACAAAUCAUGAUUAACGCCAAUAUGUGGCUACGGCAAAGAAACCUUUCUCCGCCACUGACAUAUUUCCAUCGAUCGCUGUACGUGCAUAUAAAGUUACAUGUGACAACUUCGCAAAUGCAGCCACGUCGUUACCGCAGAAUUUCUUGAUCAUAACAAAGUCCAGAAAACAGAUCUUACCACUGCGGCUUGUAAAAUGUGAAUGAAGUCCUCCAUUACAAUAGCUGCCAGUUCUGUCUGUAGGCGCGAAAUUCUUACGGAUCGACUCAACAAAAUACAGCUGCGUACAGUCUAAUGUUCAAUUAAUUUCUACUNUAAAAGUUAUUUUAUAAAAGCAAUAGACCACACUUUCUAUGGGUUUACCGGCGUGAUAACCCACUUGGGAUGUUGGGAGAACACUCGAAAAGCUUGUAAAUCACUCGCCUUCGGCUCGUGAUUUACAAGCUUUUCUCGUGUUCCCCCAACAUCCCAAGUGGGUUAUCACGCCGGUAAACCCAUAGAAAGUGUGGUCUAUUGCUUAAUUAAACUCCAGUGAUUCUGCUUUGUUUUCCCUCUGAUAGAAUAAUCCCAUGUCUUUCUGUUAGAGUUCCAACGUAUGAGAAGAUGUAACUGAUAAUAAUACAGUUGAACCUUUCCACAACGGUAAUCCACCUUGGGGACAAAGAAAGUGGCCAUUGUUUAGAGGUGGCCGUUAUGGGAAGAUAGUACAUGUUUACUGUGCUAAGUUUGUCCUUACUGUAUCUCCUAAUUGUAAUCCAAGCUUAUAUAGUAAUUAUAUAGAGAUAAAAUACAUAAAAAAAACUUGAAUAAUGUUUUGAUCAAAAUGUUAGCGUGACAAAGCGAGCAUGGUUCGAAACAUUAGCCAUGUAGACAAGCAGCAGUGUAAAUGAAACACUUUUAAAUUAUACCAUUGCCGGAAUUAGUCAUCAACGCGCCAUACCGAUGAAAUUUCAUAACCAGUCUUGACUUUUCCAUCAGUCGCUGAAAAAAACUGGCCGUUGUAGAGAGGAUUUUUUAGCAGUUGGGCACACGCUCUUAGUGGCCGUUGCCGUUGUAGAGAGGUUUAAUGCCGUUGGUAAAUGUUCGACUGCAACUAUAAUUUCAGGUCUGCUGAGACCAAAAAAAAUGUAGAACUCACCUAUUACUAUGGCCUAUUAAGCCAUACACGCCGAACACGUGACUUCAAAACGGUCUUAAGUAGAUAGCUCCGAUAAAUAUCUGCUGACAGGAGGAUUACUGGCAAGAAUUAUGGAAGAGAGGAAUCGGAGGAAUAAGUAGCUGUAACCAGACUCAGUAGAGAUAGGAGGACGAGAAAAAAACCUCAAAAUAGAAUAGAGUUAAAAGAUUGAUCAUUUAAUCUUAUAAACCUUUUAUUUGUUUCCAUUUAGGUUUUGUCGGAGUAACAUCAAAUCUGUCCGUCAUGUCUGAUGUAGCUGAUGUUGCUAUAACAGCGUCAACAGCCAUAUUCAUCUUUAUAAGUAUCGCUGGAAACUUCCUUGUUUGUGUUGUUUUAUUGAAGAAUCGAGAUAUGAGGUAACCCCUACAAAACUACUACCCUUUCCAAGUAGUCUACCAACACUGACACAUUAACACAAAGCUACACAAUACCGAGUUUUAGUCCCGGGGAGCCCGGGUUUUAGUAUUUUUCUGAUGAUUAUAAACAGCUCCUGGUUUACCUUUCUGGAAUACACUCUUUUUGUUUAAUAAGAAUGAUAUUGUUUUCUGUCCCAGGCUGGAUAUUCUUAUUUUUUCUGUCGAGUUUAGGCUGAAAAUAUUCUAAAAUUAUUCUUAAUAAUAAAUUAUAGCUUAUAGCAUUUCCACUUAAGAUUUGUAUUGGGGUUUCAAUUGCCAGUAUUCUGUGUCUAGAUCUGUCUCCAGCGCCGUUUAGCAAAAGGAAUAAUUUUAUACGGUUAAGUCAAAACAUAUAAUUGUGCUGUACUGACGGAUUUCCAACGUUCAAAUUUGAGUCCUUUUCAAACUCUCAGCGUCAGGUUUAUUCUUAAAAUAUUCUUAAAAUUUCUCAAAUGUCAGCCUCGAUAUUCUUAUAAAACAUGUUCUUAUAGAAAAAAAAGAGUGUGGGGGAAUACUGAUUACACAAUGCAACUAUUAAGAAUACAGAUCCAUGUGUCUCUCUCAUUUUCAAAAUCCCAGUUUUUGAAGCACUUUGAAACUUCCUUUCAUCUAUAUCAUGCAUCCAUGGUUUUGUUCUAAAAAUCCGUCAAAUCAAAUUAAAAACCUAUUUAAGAACCUAAAUAGGCUAAAAUCCCACUAAAUGGCUUAGCAAAGGUUAGUUUUGAGUUAAGCUAAUGAAAGCUUAUUUUGCCUAGGACUCCAAUAAAUUAUCUUCUCCUUAACCUAGCAGUGGGGGAUAUCAUUUUCGCGGCGUUUUACAUAGCGAACAUCAUACCGAAAAACAGCUUCACCCUUCCAGAAGGGUUGUCAGGCGGAAUAUUAUGCGUUCUUUUGGCGGAUGCAACCUUGACUUGGCUUGGAGGAUGUGCUUCGGUUUUCACUCUCGUUGCCAUUGCCAUCGAACGUUAUUAUGCUGUUAUAUAUCCCCAUGGCAACAAGGGAAAACUAACCAUGCGCAAACUGAAGGUACGUGUUAGCUGCAGUCGUUGACAAAGUAAAUAAAAAAUGAAUAAAUAAAUAAGUAGAUGAGUAAAUAAACACAUAAAUCAGUAAAAUUAUUCGAAGUUUCACACUCACAUGGAGAUUAUUCGUUUACUACCCUUGGACGAAAAGGAAUUUUGAAAAUGUUAUUUGUAAAGAGCAACAAGAGAGGGAAAAAGAGGAGAUCCUCAGAUCACCGCUUGGAGGGAGGGCAGUGACCGAAAACAAUCUUAACACACGUUUGACACCACGAGUCAUCAUCUAGACUUGUUACAAGUCGACCCCACUAGUUUCUUAGCGAGCGGGGCGAGCUUUAAUAAGCUGCGAAGCGGCGAACAAGCGACGAAGUCCCUCGUCCCGCGCCAUAUUAAAUCAAACGAAGGACGUUUUUGAAAGUCUAGUUAUCAUGCUCUGACAUAUGUUUAUAAUAACCAGAUAUCAAGUCAAUGUAUAUAAGACUGUCUAUAAAUUGUUGUUGUUUUUGUUGACGUUAAGAGCCCUCAACGUUAAAUCCUUUCAAUCAGUAUUGACAGCUUCAUAAGUUUCCCUUCGAAUUGUCCUUUAAUAGAUCUUAUUCGUGAUAAACGCCAGUUUUGCAAGCGCUUAAGGACUGAUAGGAUAAAAACGAUGUCACUUGGUUUCUCAGGGGGAAAACAAGUGAAAAAAAUUGCCAGUGGAAGAAAUCGCGGUUGGGAUAGUUUAUCCUAGACAACAGGAAGACGAUAAUGUCAAAAUAUGGGUGGAAAUGAUCAUUGUUAAGUAUUUUUUUGCAGUAGCGACCGUACAUGUCCUUAUGGCAAACAGUAAUGACAUAACGUCUUGCCAAAACUCGAUAUGUACAUUUUGCAUGACUAUGAAAUCGUCAUCUCUUUUCAAUAGAAUAAACAAACUCGACCGCGAUUACUCGUUAUCACUUGUUUGCACCCCUGAAAUACGACGUGACAUAGCUUUUAUCCCAUCGAUCCUAGAGCGCGUGCAAAGAUGGCGGGUAUCGUGAAUAAGGUCUAUUUUUACCACUGUACUUUUAAAUUCCAAGUAUUUUUUUUCAUUAAUUUUGUGGCAUACUUGCCAACUGACUUUACAGUUUGUUUUCUAGUUUGACUGAUCUUAGUAGUCAUUUUACUAGUUUCUAACGGUCAGUUACUGAUAGUACUUGCUGGCUGCCUUAAAGGUCUUCCAAGCAUGACAGUUCUCUGUGACAGUUCGCUCUGUUACCCAGGGGUACUCCCUACAUGAUGGCCUAUACGGGAAGGCUACACCCGAAAGGGGUACCUUUUUCAGGCCUCAGGUAUACGAAAGGGUAGUGAUUUUACUCGUUGAAGUAUACGAAAGAUUAGGGAAAUCUGUCAUUAGGGUCUGUGAAAGGGCCUAAAAGUGCUAACAGAUGAAUUUUGAGGCUUAAUAAAGUCGAGAAAAUGUUCUAUUUUUGCGACUGAUUCCUGAUUCCGUGCAUUUACAGCAGUUAAAUGACAUGCAAAGUUCUAAACAAGGUAUGUGAAAUGGGUACCAUUUGUCAAUAGAACGUAUACGAAAGGAAUACCUUUUUUGUAAAAAAAUAAUAUACAAAAACGUUAGGGGUUGGACCUCGGGGCGGAGCCUUCGCGCAUAAAAAUUUGUUAAGUACCCCCCGGUCUCUGUUACCCCUAUUUAAUUCCGCGGCGUAUCUGUUAAGGUGACUAUUAAAAAACUUAUAGUACAGCAUUUAACAAAAUUGUCUUAACUUUCAAAUUUUACAAAUUUUACAAUAUGUUUAAAGAUGGUCAUCGCUGGCUCUUGGAUCCUGGCCGUGAUUCUUCAACUUCGGGAGUACGGGAAAAAAGUGGUUGACAACUCGUGCGUUUAUGUGUGGUCUGAAGAGUUUGUGAACUCCUUUAGUUUGAUGUGGCAUAGCUUUGUGUUUGUUUCAUGUAUCAUUCUGGCUGGCUUGUACUCGAGAGUCGUCCAUACGUUGUGGUUCAGACGUACUGAUCAUGACGAAAUAACACACCAUCAACAGGUAUUGAUAAAUAUAGAUGCCUGCAAAUUUAGUUGUGCCACGCGACAUUAUGAUAGAAUUUGGUCACGUGCUUGGAUACCCCUAAGGAACACUCCCAGGGCGGUAAGCUCAUCGAGGGGGGGAGGGGGUUCAGCUCGAUCACGAAACGUUCAGAGCGAUCCUAAUUAAAUUAUUCUGUUUAAGAUCAAUCGAAAUGACUGGACUAGGAGACUGAGCCGUCUGAAUUAACUUAGGAAGGCUUCGUUCAAUCGCACUCAAACGGCUUUGAGAUCGGAAUGAACGCUUGCCGGAUGGCUUACCAUUCAGCAAGCCGUUGCUAUGUUGUAUCCAAGCAUGUGAUCGACUUCGUUAAAGAGCCUAUUUUGCUACAAAAUGUAGGUCUCGUUAUUACGAGUCAGAUUAUUUUACGUCUAUACGGUAUUUAACCUCAGCCAAUAAUAACCCACCCAACCCCACCUCCAAUAAACCACAAGUCAAUGGCACAAAAACACUAAACAGUUCCUCACCUUCAAUGAAGCUCCAGCAACAAUCACAAAGAAAUUUCAUUCUUAAUUUAAGUUGAAAUGUGGCUACAAUUCCGAGUUCCCUUGGUUGUAGGCCUUAGCUAGCUAUGUCUCACGUACGAACAGUUUUCAAGUCUGCUUUCCGUAUAAACUUAACAGUGUAGUUAUCUCCCGUGUACAGGGUGUGUUGAAGGUUCGCAAGCGAGUCACUUUGACAGUGGUAAUCAUAAGUGCUAUAUUUGGUGUUUCCUGGGGUACACAUUCCAUACUCCAUGUCAUGGAUGACAUUGGCUCGUACAAGCUCAGCCCAAUUGCAAUUCCCAUUUCUCAUGUGAUGAUUAUGGUCAAUUCCGCCAUCAAUCCGUUUGCUUACGCUCUGAUAAACCAGCGUUUCAGAGACAAGAUGAAAGGAAUGUUCUGCUGCAUUUCAGCGAAGGUCCAUCCUGACAGCGAACUACAGGUCAAAAGUAUGUCUCUUCCGCCCAACAACACAGAACAAUCGAACCUUCCGACAUCAUGA